CCUACGUUAAAAAGUAUACACUUCUAAGCUACGUGGUUUAUUUUUAACAAAAUUCCAUUUGACGUGUAAUUAUAAAAAAUUUAGUUUAUAAAUUAUGGCAGAAGGAUUUCUUCAUCUUUUACCUAAUAAAGAUGAAACAGUGGAAUCAAUUCGCGAUGAAAUACGGCGUGAAAAGCUUACAAAAAGAAAAUUUCAAAGAGACUUCAACCUCAGCAGAACUCGAUCAAUUUUAGGAAAUUUAAAUGAUAAUGAUCGUGUAUACGAUGAACAAUAUGUUAUAGAAACUACCAAAACUCUUAAAAAGAAAACAUUACCUAUUACAGAAUAUAGAAAAUUGCAGAAUGCCUUGAUUCAAAAUAAAAGUCAUAUAAAUGCAUUUUUCACAGUAGAACAUGCAAUUAAGGGCCUGUGCAGAGAUUUAUCUGGUACACCUGCUCAAUCAAAGUUAGCUGCUGCAAAUUGUAGUUGUAAUAUUUCUUUAGGUGAUUCUAAAGCCUGUUUUUUAUUGUGUAAAUUCAUAGCUCCAUAUUUAAUUUCUGAACUUGAAAGUACUAAUCAACCACUAGUUGAAGUUUGCGCUUGGACUAUUGGUAAUUUAUGUAUUGGAAGUAUUAAAGCAUUUUCUAUUUUACAUGCACAAAAUUGCUUUCAAUCAUUGAUUAAUUUAGCCAAAGAAUGCCCUGUUAAUCUAUUACCUGCAGUUAGCUAUGCAUGCUUGAGGUACAUACAUGUAGGAAUUACAAGUAUUGAUUCUAUAGAUAUCCAGCAGCUUACACAAACUAUUGUUGAACAUAUCGUGCAAAUUUCUGAUUUAGACUCUGAAACAUUGUGGUUAUUGGCCCUACUAUCUGCAAACUCAGAAAAUAUUACUCAUAUUGUUAAAUUAGUACCUGUAAUCUAUGAGUACCUUUUUCAAGCUGUGUUCAUGCCUGACGAAAACAUUCAAAAGAUUUCUGCUGCUUUAAGAAUUAUUUGCAAUACUACAUUCGAAUCAUCAGGAUAUGUAGCUCAUAUUUUAUUAAAAGAAAAUAGUGAAAAUAUUUGUCAAACAUUAGAUAAAUUGCUAUGUCAUCAAUAUAUUCAUCUAAGGAAUGAAACUUUAUGGUUAUUAGGUAAUCUUUUGAACCAUAAUUUAGAGACUGUUCAACGAUUGAUAAAGUCAAUCGUACCUUUGUUACCGUCUAUAAAAUUAGCACUCAAUUCAUUUAACAAAACAACGUGAUGUAAACGUGAUGUACCAAAAGGGAAACAGGGACAAAUUUUUUCGAGUCCUUUCGACUAGUCUCAUCUUCUACACAUGGAGGUUGCGCAAUGUUAAAGUAUAUAUUGCCAAUAAUAUUUGCAGAUACGUGAUUGAUGCUCUUAAGGCAAUUGUAGAAGGUCUCGUC